UGACCAGCUGCUCCUCCUCCACUGCACUAUAAAAGCUGGUUGUUCAGCACAUCUCUGCUCUUCCUGGCUAAUCCUCAUCACAGAAUCGUCACAUCAAACUGCAUGGAGCCGAAACCUUCCUGACAUCACAGGUUUUCAUCACCAAGUCUAAUAAAACCAGAACAUCUUUCUAAAGGGAGAGACCAGAUCUGGACUGUCAGGUUCCUCAGCUGGUUCCACUGCCGGCUGCACAAUGUCCAGAACGGCACCAAACCGCUCAGGAUGUCCGGCCAUCUACCAAAAGGAAACCACAAAAACCAGCUGUGGGACGGUGACCAGAGUCUCUGUGGGUAGAAAACAACUGAACAAACCAAAUAAAACCAUUUUACUUGUUGGAGAGAAAGGAGCAGGAAAGUCUGCUCUGAUCGACGCUCUGUUCAACUACGCCAUGGGAGUCCGGUGGCAGGAUGAGGUCUGGUACCAGAUCAGAGCAGAUGGAGGUCAAAGUUCAACCUCAGAUGUCAUCAUGUAUGAGAUCUUAGAUCCUAAGAAUAAAACUUUGCCUUAUUCUCUCACCAUCAUCGACACGCCUGGUUAUAGAGACACAGACGGACUUCAACAUGACGUCAUCAUCAAUCAAAGGUUGUUUGAUUUGUUUCGGUUAGAAGACGGGAUCCAGCAGGUUCACGCGGUCGGUGUGGUGAUGAAAGCAACACAAACCAAAAUGACUGAGCAGCUGUCAGACGUCUCUGGUUCGGUGAUGUCUCUGUUUGGAAGAAGCUUGGAGAAAAACACCGUGGCUCUCAUCACUCACUCCGAUCCAACAACACCCAGCGUCUCUCUCAAGGGUCUUCAGGCUGGAGGAAGUCAGUGUCUUUACUUCAUAUUCAACAACCGACAGCAUGAGGCCCGAACACAGAAAACCAGCACAGAUCUGGAGGAAGCAUGGAGACUGACGGAGAGAGGAAUGAGCCACUUCUCAGCUUUUCUUCAAAAGGUUUCAGCUCAGCAGCUGCAGGUAACCGUCAGUUUGAACUCCUUCAUCAGACUGACAGCCUCCAUCCAAAACCUGCAAGACAAAAUCAAACUAACUGAACUGAGACAGAAAGAAAUCAAACAGAUUCAAGAAGCUAUGAAGAAACACAAAGAAGAGAUCAGAUUUAACAAGAAAUUAAUUGUGGAGGUGGAUGAAGCCUACAAAGAUAAAGAACUUGUUGAAGGCGAGGCGUCGUUCUUUAAAGCAGCUGUUUGCUGCACCGUCUGUGAGGAGAACUGCCACUAUCCUGGAUGUACGACGGCCCUGGACCCUGAACACUGCGAGGUCAUGACCCUGGCAUCCUGCACCGUCUGUACUGGGAGAUGUUCUGCAUCAAAACAUGUUAGAGGCAACUGGAGGUUUGUGACCAAGACUAGAAAAGUUCAGAGAACCAAGGAGGAAUUAAAACAAAGAUACUUCAAGAGUAAUUCAGACACAAAGGAGACAAAACUUACAGAAAGUUUAGUUCAAGCAAUGGAAAACCUGAACAGAAAGAAGGGAACUCUGAUAGAAAAGUCUUAUCAAUGUGCCAUCAGACUGGAUCCAACUCUCCUCAAAGUGAAUUCAGUUUCCACAUACAUCAAUCUGGACUUCCUGAUCAAGAAGAUGAAGGACGACGGACAGAAAGAGAAGGUCCAGAAAUUAGAAAUGAUAGACGGACAGAUGGACGGAGGAGCCAAAUCUGUCAUCGGAUGCAAGGUUGACAGCACAUCCAUCCAACACAUCAUCUCUAACAGCGACAUCAUCAGCUCAGAAACUCUGGUCAUCUACCAGCUGAAGACCAGAAAAGAGACGGUCGAGUCCCUGACCAGAGUGACCUUUGGCAAGAGAAAACAGAACAAGCCCAAUAAAACCGUCCUGCUUGUUGGUGAAACUGGAGCAGGAAAAUCUACUCUGAUCAACGCUCUGGUCAACUACGCCAUGGGAGUGACGUUUGAAGAUAAAGUCUGGUUUCAGAUCGUAGAAGAUGAGAGACGAAGUCAGACAGAAAGUCAGACAUCAGAUGUGAUCGUCUACCAGCUCUUUGGUUUUGAAGGUCAAACUCUGCCGUUCUCUCUGACCGUCAUCGAUACUCCUGGAUAUGGAGACACCAGAGGGAUCGAAUACGACGUGAUUGUCAGUGAACGAUUACUUGAAUUGUUUCAAUCAGAAAACGGUAUUCAUGAACUUCAUGCAGUGGGUUUGGUGGUGAAGUCCAGCGUGAAUCGUCUGAGUGACCGACUGAAGUACAUCUUUGAUUCAGUGAUGUCUCAGUUUGGAAAAGACAUCGAGAAAAACAUUGUAGCUCUGGUCACUCACUCCAAUGGAAGAAGACCAAGGGACUUGCUUCAAGCUCUGAAUGCUGCCAAGAUUAAAUGUGCCAAAGAUGAGAAGGAUCAACCCGUUCACUUCCUGUUCAAUAACUGUCGAUACAACGAUCGGACGGACGGAGAGUUUCUAGAAAGUGCUGAUAAAAUAGCAACAAAAGGACUGAGAGGCUUUACUGCCUUUCUGGAAAAAACUGCAGCUCAAAAACUGGACAUGACUUUAGAAGUUCUGAAUGAACGGAUCAGACUGUCGGCCUGCAUCCAGAACCUGGAGGAACGGAUCCGUCUGUCUGAGAUGAAAGAGGCAGAAACUAAACAGAUUAAAGAAGCUCUGGAGAACCACCAAGAACAGAAGAACCAGAAGUUCACUGUAGAAAUCCAGGAAGCGUACAGAGAAAAAGAAACCAUUGAAGGAGAGAUGUGGCUGAUGACGUUGGUUAAAGGAGCCGUCUGCUGCACCAUCUGUGAGGAAAACUGUCACUACUCCGGCUGCACCAAACUGCCCAAAGACUGCGAGGUGAUGAAAGAUGGCCGCUGCACCGUCUGCUCUUUAAAAUGUCCCGUCGCUGCUCAUGUGAAAGGAAAGUGGAGAUAUGUGACAAAAACAAGGACAGUUCAAAGGAAUAUGGAAGAUUUAAGAUCAAAAAUGAAAAGACAUUUGAGCUUUUUAGAAAGUUUAAAGGAUGAAAUCACAGAACUGAAAGCAGAGAAAUGUAAUUUACUUGAAGAGAGUUUCCAACAUGUUGUCCAUCUGGAGCAGGUUGCUCUCAAAAUGAACUCUGUGUCCACAUUCGUCCAUCUGGACUUCUUGAUUGAUAAGAUGAAGGAAAAUGGAGACACAAAGAAAGCCCAAAAGCUGGAGGACAUAAAGAAAAAGGGCGAUGAAGGAAUCGGGUCCAUAUUGAAGUACGUGUGGGGAAAAAUAAAAAUAAAGUGAAAGAAGAGCUGAACGGUCUUCUGGGAACCGACUGACUCUGAUUGGAUGUCGGCUUUAAAUUUCUCACGUCUCUGGAUCAAAUGAGCCACAACAUGGAGACGGUUCCUAAAGCUGACAGAAAAACUUUAAUUAGGCCACUUCUAAUAAGUCAUUAAGGGUUGAUGGUUGUAAUCCCAUCCACUACAAUGUCAGUAAAAUGUGUGGAUUGCCAAAUGUUUUCUAGGUUUUCUGUUUCUACACUCAGGAUGGUUCAGUCUGUUUGACUCCAUCGUGUCUUCAGUGUCGGGUUCGGUGGAGGGAGGGUUAUGAUGUGGGAAUCCCACUGGUGAAGGAACUUGAAAGAGGCAAGAACUCAAGGAAGGUGUUAUGAGGAAACGGGGAGCUGUGGACCCCCUGCUGUGAACAUGAAGAGACGAACUGACCAUCGAUUGAGACGACAGCAAACAUGUUCUGACCAUUUAUCAAACAUUGUGUGGAUUUAAAUUUAUACCAAUUUAGUUUUCUUCUUUGGGUAGUUUGAAAAUAUUUCAGUUAGAACCUAAACUUGUAAUAAAUGUGUAUAUUUUGAAUUGUUUAGAUCAUGUAGUUAAUCACAGUGACCCAGAGCUGGACGGCUGUUUGGUGAAUGUCUGCUGUUGACCGGAGGUUUGAUAAAUGACUUUCUGACCACUUUUCAUUUUCCACUAAAUAACAAGACAUUUUUAUUAAUCAUUUUGUUUCUGCUUUAGCAAGAAAGAAGUCAUGUAUAUUUUUACAAAACAAUCAAGUCAGAAGUGCAAAUCAAACCAGCAGUAAGAGCCUGAAGGGAAUGUAGAGGUUUAGAAACAUCGAAGAAAAAUUAACAAAAUGAACAAAAUGAACAAAAUGAACAAAAUGGACAAAAUGAACAAAAUGGACAAAAUGAACAAAAUGAACAAAAUGAACAAAAUGAACAAAAUGAACAAAAUGAACAAAAUGAACAAAAUGGACAAAAUGAACAAAAUGAACAAAAUGAACAAAAUGAACAAAAUGAACAAAAUGAACAAACCAGGAAAAAUACUUCUGACGGGACAGUUGAAUGUCAUGUAAUGCUGAAUGUGAAUUGUUGAAAUAUGUUAUGACAAAUGCUAAUAAACAGUUAAAUGAGGAAAAAACAAUAACCAAACAUGAUUAAAGUAAAAUAGAUAAUACAGAAUAAGAUAUAAAAAUAAAUAAAAUAUCAAUGAUUAUUAUAGAACAUGUAUUAACAUGUUGUGUGAAGAAACAAAUAAAGUUUGUGUCGUAACCUUUUAGUCUGCACUGCAAACUGCUGAUCAGCAGCCUGAAAGCUGUGAAUGUAAACCAGGAAACGAGUUUCUGAUUGAAUCAGUCAUUGAUUAUAAAUUAUUAUUUUUACUGAAUACAUGGAUUUACUCUGCAUGACACAAAUAAAACCACAUUUUAUUAUUAGUCUGGAGGGUUCGUCAUCUGAAAUGCUCCGACAGGGAAGAGGGUAACGAGAGAGAGGGAAGCCAAAGGUCAGCAGGUCAAAGGUCACCAGGUCAAAGGUCAGCAGGCCAAAGGUC